AUGGGCCCUAGGCAGGAGAAAAGUAGCCUGAAGCGCAACAGGCAUAGCACUGGCGAUGACCAGGAAAUAAAGAAGCCCCGCAGAUCCCAGAGAAUCUCCUCUCAGACACAAAAGGAGAAAGACGUAAAGACACCACUCAAGAACCAAUACCUCCCCUCCCCUCUCACGAACCAUGAGUCGACCGUGACCGAGCCAGGGAAGGUAGAGACGGCCACACCUCCCAAGGCUCGUCCCAGUCAGACUCGCCAGGUCACUCCUCCAUCUUCAUCUCAGUUACAGCCAUUGUCGUCACCGCCUCAAGACACACAGCCCUUGUCUCAGUUUGUCUAUCCACCGCGAGACAUUGAGCCUGAUUUAGAUGACGAUGACGGUACCUGGGGUUACCUGUUCCCGUCGACCAAUGCUGGCCAUCGAAUCACAUUAAAGAGAAGAGCGUUUUGUCCUGCGCCCGCAGCGCCUCUCGAGAUAAGCCGGACAACAGUCAAGCCCAGCAAGCGUGAAGAGACCGAGUUGAAAGAAGCUGAGGAACAGUACGAAACGGACAAGCGAAUUGAGGGCUUCCCCGCCGGUGGCUAUCUUGUCGGGCGGCAUCCUGAAUGCGACAUGAUCAUCGACAUUCCGACUGUGUCGAAUCGGCACUUCCUAGUCUUCAACGAGAGUCGAAACGGCGACACGGUCGCUGUACUCGAAGACUUGUCGAGUAAUGGAACCUUUGUGAACGACGCACUGCUGGGACGCAAUAAGAGGCGAGAACUCGAGGACGGAGACGAGAUCACAAUCCUGGACGAAGCAAGGUUUGUCUUUCGAUACCCAAGAAACCGUGAUUCGAGUGCUUUCAAUUCGCAAUACCGUAUCCUACAGCAGCUGGGCAAGGGUCAUUUUGCGACGGUCUACAUGUGCGUCGAACGAUCAUCUGGCUUCAAGUAUGCGGUGAAAAAGUUCGAGAGGCGGUUCGGAGAGUCUCAAAAGUCACAACAAGAAGGCCUGCAGCAAGAAAUUGCGCUUUUGAUGAGCGUCAGUCAUCCUAACGUGCUAUGCCUGAAGGAGACAUUCGACGAGCCAGACGGAGUGUACCUCAUUCUGGAGCUUGCUCCAGAGGGAGAGCUGUUCAACUUGAUUGUGACCAAGCAGAAAUUGACCGAAGCCGAAACGCGCAAGAUCUUCAUCCAACUUUUCCAGGGCACGAAAUAUCUUCAUGAGCGGAACAUCGUUCACCGGGACAUCAAGCCUGAGAACAUUCUGCUGACGGACAAGAAUUUGUCGGUUAAGCUUGCGGAUUUCGGUCUGGCGAAGAUCAUAGGCGAGGAGUCCUUCACAACCACUCUGUGCGGAACGCCGAGCUAUGUUGCACCAGAGAUCCUGCAAAACACACGCCACCGCAGGUACACCAGAGCCGUUGACAUUUGGUCUCUCGGAGUCGUCCUCUAUAUCUGUUUGUGUGGCUUCCCGCCCUUCUCUGAUGAACUCUACUCCCACGACAACCCUUAUACCCUUGCUCAGCAGAUCAAGAUGGGCCGUUUCGACUACCCUUCGCCUUACUGGGACUCGAUCGGCGAUCCGGCUCUGGACUUGAUCGACCGCAUGCUAACCGUGGAUGUUGACAAGCGCAUCACGAUCGAUGAAUGCCUCGAACAUCCGUGGACGAGAAACGCAGGAAAUAUCAAUCCAGCCGACUCGACUGAUGGACUCACGGGCGCCAUGCAUGCGCUGGAUUUUUCGAAGCGUAAGAUUCAACGUGAGCGCACCUUGUUGGCCGACAUCAACGAUGUCAAAGUCAGCAAGGUUGUCGCGGUCGAUGGCCAGCAUCUCCCAGGAAAAUCAUCUGGGGACGCGGCACAGAUCAAAGUCUGGCAGAAGAACCCGAACGGCAAGAUUGUGCGAGCGACGGCUAAGAAAAGCAAAAAGAAUGCUCAGGCGAAGGAGGAAGACCCGGCUGCCAACAGACAGCAGGAGGAGUUUAUGGGCAUGGGAGGCAAAGGCGACAUGCAGCUCUUUGGCGACGAUGUGUCGAGUCGAUACCUACCUAACGAGGUUCCCGAUGGUAAAAAGUAA